AUUUUUGGAGCAUGUGAGAAUUCAAGUAUGGCGGCAGCUGCUGGAUUAAUGUCUUGACAUAUUUGAUUUGCUACCCAAAUAAAAGUGAAAUACGUGCCACAAGUAGAUAGUAAAUCGUGCACAACGCACAUACAAGAUGACGUCCGGAAAAGAUACAAUGGGUGAGCAGCCUAUCUUCACGUGCAAGGCGCACGUCUUCCACAUCGACCCGAAGACGAAACGCUCGUGGAUGCCGGCUUCCAGCAGCGCCGUCAGCGUCUCCUUCUUCUAUGACUCCUCCAGAAGUUUGUACAGGAUCAUCAGUGUUGAGGGUUCAAAGGCAGUCAUCAACAGUACUGUUACACACAAUAUGACUUUUACCAAGACCUCACAAAAGUUUGGCCAAUGGUCUGACGUGCGCGCGAAUACAGUAUAUGGACUUGGUUUUUCCUCAGAAGCUGAAUUACAAAAAUUUAUUGACAAAUUCAAUGAAGUAAAGGAAGCAACACGCAGUGCCAUCACCAAAGUGACCGCCAACGGUGGUACGGCCGUUACCCCUGUGACCAGUGCCAAUGCAAGCCCCAUCACCGCUCGAGCCGCUAGCGGAACCCCUGACAAUCUUGAAAAUCUCUUGGAGCCACCAGUUUUUGUUGUAGGAAACUCGGCCAUAAUAUCUAAUGCCAGUGUAAAAGAAGAAGACCUGCCACAUCCACGCAGUCAUUCGAUUUCGGGCGUUCAGAGCAACGAAAGCCCCAGUCAUCAAAUCAAAAUCGAAAAGACCUAUUCGCUAUCGACCUCCAGUGGCGGAAACAACAGCAAUACCAACGAUAUGCAGCUGAAGUACGAGAACGACCGACUCAAACUGGCUUUAGCACAAAGUUCUGCGAAUGCUAAAAAAUGGGAGAUCGAAUUGGCUACGUUGAAGAAUAAUAAUGCACGACUGACGAGUGCACUUCAGGAGAGCACGGCGAAUGUGGAGGAGUGGAAACGACAAUUACAUACGUACAAGGAGGAAAACAUGCGCAUGAAGGCGAAAUAUCAGAAUGAUCUUGAGAAUAGCAAAGGUGGGGGUGACAUUGCCGAUGAAUUGCGUAAAGAAAUUCAAUCACUGCGCAUUCGCGUUGAUCAAUUAGAAUCAGAGUUAGACACAAAGUCGGCCGAGAUGAAGCAAUUAUCGGCGUUAAACAAGAACGCGGACGUGCAGGCCUUGCAGCGCGAGAACCAGGAACUCCUCGCUACGGCGAAGCUCAGUCAGAGUGAACUGGACGUCGCAAUGGGUACACAUGAGUCACAACGACAGGUAUUGCUCACGCUCAACCAACAACUCGCUGGACGCGUGCAGGAACUGGCUGCCAUACACCACGAGAUCUCUACGGCUUUGCAGACGUGAGGAUUGGACGACGGCUGGUUCAAAUCGUACGUAUGAAAAAAACUCGCGGACGCGAUGAGUAGCCCCAAAACGAAAAAAUCUACAGCGGCGCAACGCCCCUACCGCACAAUGGCGCAAAUUAAUUUUCACAUCCAAACACCAUGUCCUGCGAUUUCACUACUGGUACUUUAUACUUGUUUUGUUUGAUUCUCCCAGCCGUUGAUACGAGACGAAAUCUCUUUGUAAGAGUUGUGUAUGUACUAAGACUUAUAAGACUAAAUUUGGACAAAGUCUCCCAAAUUGUAUUGGAGGAACUUCGGAGACUGAAUUGGAAGUAUUACCACUUAGAUCAAGCGAAGCCAAAAUAUGAAUAUAACCACCUACUAAUGCAUUUAUUCAAAUAUUUUAACGCGAACAUUUCAAUGAUGAAUUAUUACUAUUGCAUAAUGUGUAACUCAAGUUGUUGUAGGUAAUUUAAUUCGUAGAGCAAGGAAUAAUGUAUUAUAUUCGUGUGGCGUGAAUUAAUUAAAUCUGAGGAAGCAGGAAUCUCGCAAAUCGUAGCGAGACGAGAUGUGUAUUUACGGGCAUUCAAGUAGAAUGUUGAUGAAGCAACAGCGAGUGCAGCUUUAAAUAACUCAUUAUUUCUUAGUAUUAUUUUAUUCACGCGUAAUACAUUUACGUUAUCUAAUAUAUUCGCUUUUAAACUAGUAAACCAGUAUUAGUCUCUAUUUGUACUCUAAGCCUAGUAUUAGGAUAAGUCGUUUUGCUACUCAUCAACGUUCUAUUUGCUGCCCCGUCGAGCGCCGUAAUUAACUUAUGUUGGAAUUGGAAAUAUGAAAUAAGGAACGUUACAUUGAUAUAAGAAUGUGAUUUGUAAAUAUGCUUUUAACGAUGUCAAAACAAAGACCACGGACGGAUGCACUAAGUGUGCAUGUUAAACUCUAACAAGAAAUGAUGCCAAUAAUGAAAUGCAAUUAUACAUAGUAACGAAAUAACGAUGCCACAGCGACGUACUGCAAAUAAUGCAAGACAAAAUAUAAAUCGAACAAUAAUCAUGAUAUGCUUUGUGCGCACUUGUUAAUGAACAAAUUAACCUCAUAAUCAUACAGACUUCUGCAUUUCGCGUGUGCAUUUCAAUUUAUCCUAUGUACUAAUUUAUUCUAUGCGGAAGUUAAUCUAUCGUAGUAGCGCAUUUUUACCCUCAUGACUACAGACGAUAUAUACGUAUCUAAAUACUUUAUGAUGAAGAGAGAAACUACACUAGCGCGAUGAUACGUUAACGAAAUUCUUACGGUGUUCAAUUUUCGGCGUGAGCUACAACCAUAUAUUGAGGAGAACAGUGUUUGUGAUUCGCAAACUAUAGAAACCGUUGUAUUUUAAAUUAAAAUUUCGUUUCCGUGUUUACAUGCAUAAAAUAAUUAUUUGUAGUUAUGUAAAACAAAGAAGAAACUUUUCUGAAUUAAGUUUCAGCAGUUAGUGUUCUUCUGACAACGAUUUCAUUUUACAAACUGAUAUUAUACAUUUUACUCUAAAAGAAGAACGUAAACGCCACGCACAUAAUAAAAUUACUAUACUGCUAAACUUCUAUUAUACUACUACUUAUUAAAUAUGCUAAACAAAUUGUUGUACGUAAUUAUACGUAUGUUAGACCAGAAUACUAAUAAUAAUUGUAUAGAAAUGUUUUUACAUACACCAGACGCAACAAAUCAGAUAACAAAAGUAAUAAUAUACAUAGUACUAGCAAGAUAAGAAAAUGUUUGUCUUUGUAAGCGACUCAAUCCGAUUAUUGCUUGUUUUAUUGCAACCAUUUGUAUUUGGUUUUAUAAAUAUUAUAUAUAAAUAUAUAUAUAUAUAUAAGAAAAUAUCGGAAAUAGAUAUAUAAAUAUAAAAAUAUAUUAUAUGAAUAUUAAAA